GUCCUUCUGAUAGAUGCACUCAAUUCAAGAGUCACUAGCUUUUCCUGGAUAUUCAGCGAAGAAUGAACUUUUCAGGUAACAUCUGGCUGCAGGGUGCUGAUUCAGAGCAGCUGAUAAUGACUACGAGAUCUAAGCGCUGAGUUUAACGGUGCGGAGACGUCGUCACAUCACUGACAGAGAGGAGGCGGCUUUUGUGUCUGAAUCAGCAGAGAUUUGCAGAUGAGGUGCCGCUAUUGUCUUUCCAAGUUGAAACCGAGAUGCUGUUGAGAGACUGAAGUUUGGAUCUAAAGCCAAGACGAGUUUCAUUUGGAUUGAAAGUAAUGGAGGCUCGGUUUGGGCUAGGCUAAGGUGUCUCUCUUCAUCUCUCCUCCUUUACACUCUCUUGCCCUCCUCUCAUUCAUUCGAGAGGAGGGGUACAUUGCCUCCUGUAUCGUCCUUGACAGGAAACAGUAGUUAUUCUCAAACAUAAAGAGGGAAACACUCCGAUUUAGCCAAGCGAUCGGCUGCUGAUGAAGUCCUGCCAGACACUGAAGGAGGAGGUGUCCAGCCCGGAGACGAUGUCCCAAGAGGAGGGGCAAAUCCAAACGUACUUACACAACACCUCUGCUCCUGAUGCCGAGCUGUCAGCAAAGCUGUACAAGCGAGAAACUGCGGCCAAACCGUACUCAGUGGUCAUUGAAAACACGAUGGCUACGGUGCCCGAUUCACAGAUGCCUUCAGACCUAAAUCCCCAUCCUGCCCCGACUCAACCAUUUUACCGGGAGGGGUCCGGAGCAGCUGUGACGAAGAGCGGAGACUGUGGGACGUCAGAAGAUUCUGAAGCCGAAGAGGGAGCCGGGGCGGAGGACGAAUUCAAACGAGGACAGAUCAUCGUAGAGGUCAACCUCAAUAACCAGACCCUGCAUGUGUCCAAAGGAGACGACGCAGCAAAUGCAAACACCGCAGGAGACGACAAGAGCAAUAGUGAGGAGGAGGAAGAAGAGGAGGAGGAGGAGGAAGAAGAGGAGGAGGAGGAAGAAGAGGAGGAGGAAGAUGACUACAGUGCUGAGGAGGAUCUGGAUGAGGAGGAUCAAGAUGAUGAGGAAGAAGAAAACAACAGUCGGCGAACAAGAGUGCAACGGACGCUCAGGGGUCGAGCUGCUGCUCCGCCACAGCGAAAGAGUCGCCGCGUAGCCCCUUCAUCAACUGGGAGUGUAACCACUGCGACUGCCAGCGUUACGACCAGGGGGCGGAGGAAGAAUGCAGAGGGCCCGCCCCAAAAGCGUAGACCUGGCAAGGAGCCCAAAGGCUCCACCUCCUCCACCUCAGGAGCAACAAACGCGGGAAGAGGAGGAGGAGGGGCCAAGGGAGAGGGUGAGGAGAAAGAGACACUAGCGUGUGAAAAAUGUCCACGUGUGUUCAACACCCGCUGGUACCUGGAGAAGCACAUGAAUGUGACGCACAGACGCAUGCAGAUCUGCGACAAGUGCGGGAAGAAGUUCGUGCUGGAGAGUGAACUGGCUCUUCACCAGCAGACAGACUGUGAGAAGAAUAUCCAGUGUGUGUCAUGUAGUAAGUCUUUUAAGAAGCUGUGGUCCCUCCACGAGCAUAUUAAGAUUGUCCAUGGCUUUGCCGAGAAGAAAUUUGCCUGUGAGAUUUGUGAGAAGAAAUUCUACACCAUGGCUCAUGUCCGUAAGCACAUGGUUGCUCACACAAAGGACAUGCCGUUUACCUGUGAAACCUGUGGAAAGUCUUUUAAGCGCAGCAUGUCACUGAAAGUGCAUUCACUGCAGCAUUCAGGAGAGAAGCCCUUCCGUUGUGAGAACUGCGACGAGAGGUUCCAGUACAAAUACCAGCUGCGGUCUCAUAUGAGCAUCCAUAUAGGACACAAGCAGUUUAUGUGCCAGUGGUGUGGCAAAGACUUCAACAUGAAACAGUAUUUCGACGAGCACAUGAAGACACACACAGACAAAGGCAUCUGUCCUCUGCACUUUACUCCCAAGUAA